AUGCCUCACCCAACCUCCCAAACCUGGCUUGAGAAGCUGGAGGAACAGCUCAACGUCGACGUCGACUGGAUGGAUCCCACGUACUCCAAAAACCUCUCGAUCGUUCCGAAUGACAUGACCAGCAACAACCUUUGGGUCAACAUCCAAAUGUCGCAUCCGGAGAACAAGGAGAUGUUCUCAAAAGUGUGCAAGGAGCUCAAGUCGGAGGGAUGGAAAGCGGCGUACACUCGCAUUGCGGUCGAAAUGUGCAAGAACAACAUCGAAAACAUCAAAGGCCGUGUCCUGCUCCAAGUCUACCCCAAUGAGGCAUAUGACUUGCAAGCAGUCCUCGACUCAGCUCGUGCGUACGCCAAAGAGUUCGCCAGAGUGGGGAUUUCUCAGGACAGAUACUGCAUCAAGAUUCCAAGCACCGGCCCAGCACUCAACGCCUGUCCAAUCUUGAAGCAAGAAGGCAUUCGCACGCUUGGCACAGCGCUGUUCAGUCUCCCGCAAGCCAUCGCUGCGAGUCAAGCAGAGUGCCUUUACAUCAGCCCGUACUUCAACGAGGUCAAAGCGCACGACGAUCGUACCCUGUGGCCGAAUGUGGAGGAUCCAGCUACGCAGCAUACCAUGUCCGCCAGGACGCUGCAGAUCUUGGAGACGUAUGCGCGGCUGUAUCGGGAGACUGGAAAGGAGCAGCCUCUGCUCAAGCAGGCGAGCUUCAUCAAUGCGAAAGAAGCCAUGGCAGCUGGAGAACACGGCUGCCACAGCGCGACCAUCUCGCCGGAGGUUCUGGACGAGCUCGCUGGUCUUCAGUACGAUGGGUCCAAGCAGCCUGGCGAAGGCAAGCCCAAGCCAGCGCACAUGUAUGCCAACUACCAGACGUCGGAUCGUUUGAAGGAUGUUUCGAAAGUCGACCCUUUGGCUCCUGGUGCGAAGGUAGCCAGCACUGAGACUGACUAUCUGGCCAACAAUGGCGAAGAGCUGAGGAAAGCUAUCGAAGCUGACCCAGUGACGACCAAGAGGCUGAAGGAUGCGCUGGAGCUGUUCACUGGCGGGCUGAUGGAGAGCAAGGCGAAGAUCGAGAAGGCAUUCGCGGAGGUAUAG